AUGUUGAAAUCAAGAAACGCGUUGACUUAUUCGUUAUUAACCGGUUUAUUCCUAUCUUCAUGGACAGAUAUAAAUGGAAUAUUUGCUGAAUUACCUCAAAUUGUUUUAUAUCAACCAGAAAGUUGGGCAUUAGGAGCUAAUUUGGCAUUAGUUACAAAUUUUGGAAAUAUUGCUCCAUUUGGAUUGAUAUUAUUCAAAUGUCUAUCAAAACGACAAUUCAAUCCUGUUCCUUUGAAUUACAUCAUUAUUAUUAUUGGUAUGGUAUCUUGCCUUCUUCUUGUGUUCUUUUGGCAUUAUACAAUUCAAAUUGGGAGUCGGUAUCAUAGUGUAGCACUAUUAUCAUUAGCAUUCUUUCUAUCAUUAUUAGAUUGUACAUCGAGUGUAACAUUUGCCGAUUAUAUACAACAUUAUCGGCAAGAAUAUACUAGUACACUAUUUUUAGGUGAGAGUUUAACAUCAAUUAUACCAAGUUUAUUAGCAGUAGCUCAAGGUAAUGGACGUAUUUACUGCUCUAAUAGUACCACAACUAAUACAACUAUUGUUGUCUAUGAGACUGCUCGGUUUUCUAUAUCAAUUUAUUUUCUUUGUUUAUUUUUUCUACUAACAUUAUCAUUGAUCUCGUUUAUCCUUUUACAAUGGACAUCAUUAGGAACGAGAGCUCGUUCAAAUCAUGAUAAAAUCAGUACAGAAGAGUCACCGUCAGAUAAUAAUGGAAUGAAAAUGACGUUAUCAUCCUAUAUUCUAUUUUCAAUUUUGUGUGUUUACACAAGUGGUAUUAUUUUCGGUGUAUUACUUUCGAUUUCGACUUAUGUUCUAAUACCGUAUGGUCAACGAAUAUUUUAUUUAGGCACAGUGUUGUCACCGUGGAUGUUAGUACUCGUAUGGAUAUUAGGCAUGAUUAAACCGUUAGUACAGAAAAAAUUUGUUCUACUGUUUGUUCUAUUAGGAACUUUAGUAUUUAUAAUCGAUUUAUUUGUUUGUGUCAAAAGUCCUUGUCCACCGCUUAUUGACACUAAAAUUGGAAAUUUUUUAAUUCUUUUUGUAUGGUUACUGACGUACGUUUGUUUAGGAUAUCCACGUCUAGUUAUUGCUAAUUAUUUAAGAACAUAUUCGCAAGAAGCCAUGUUUUGGUUUGGUGUUUAUGUUCAGUUGGGUGCUCUUGUCGGAUCUGUCAUAUCUUAUAUUCUUAUAGAAAUCCUCAAGGUAUUUCGAGAACGUUCGCCGUGUGAGAAUGUGUGUUAUUAA